UGUCAGCUUGAUACCCUCCACGGAUGCUGCGCAUGUGGCGCUUGCCAUGUUGAGCGGCUUCCUCAUUUUCGAUGCAGACUCUGGUGCUCCAGUCUUUCACCGGCGAUUUCAAAGCGGCUUUGGACUGCCAUGCGUCAAAGAGCAGCCUGCUCUCGCAGAUCCAGUGGGCUUGGCUCUUCAGCUCUUCGCCUUCAGCCGCUUCUCCAGCAGCUUGCCCAACUCGCCGCAGCUGCGAUGCAUGAGUCUGGAGGGCCUCAGCAUCUUUCUGGCCACCUCCACGCACGGCGGGGGCGGAGAGGGCGGAGAGGGCGAAGCCGAGCACAAGGCCCCGGCCACGCGUCUGACGCUGGCCGCCUUUGGGGACCUGCCUCCAGCCUUCGGGGACUACCUGGCCCGCAGUCUUUUGACCGACUUCCUGGAGGAGAAUGUCCGGUCCAUUCAAGUCCUCCACCCGACGGUCGAAACUGCGGUGGAGCCCGCGAUGCUUCACAAGGCAUGGCAUUUCAACUCAUUGGGUGUCGCCCUUGAGUCGCUGAUAGAUGGACUCGUGGAUGGCGUCGCACAAUGUCUGCCCGAUUUCCCAACCUGGGCAUGCCUUCUUUGCUUCGGAGAGGACAAUUCUCAGGGCAGAAGUACGCGCAUCCCCGUGGGGGCACCUCCGCCGACGCCAACGGAGCAACGGCGUCCUCAGUCCUUUGCUCGGCGCUUGCUACAUUCAGGACUCUCGGUGGUGUCCUCCUUCUCGCCCCGGGAGAGUUCCCCUUUGAGUGCUCGGGACGACUCUAUGGUCAAAGACGGCGCCACCGCAGCAUCCGCUGC